CCCUCCCUCCCUCCCUCCCAGCCCCGCCGCAGCGCACCACCUCCUCGCCCCCAUCCCACUCCCUCCCAACCGCGCGCGUUCCGCUCGCCCCGGAGCCUCGCCCUCCGCCAGGAUGAGCAAAUGAGCGCGAGCGAGGGCAUGAAAUUUAAAUUCCACUCAGGGGAGAAAGUGCUGUGCUUCGAGCCUGACCCCACCAAGGCGCGAGUGCUAUACGAUGCCAAGAUCGUCGAUGUUAUUGUUGGGAAAGACGAAAAAGGCAGAAAGAUCCCAGAAUAUCUGAUCCAUUUUAAUGGUUGGAACAGAAGCUGGGAUAGAUGGGCAGCUGAAGAUCAUGUCCUCCAUGAUACUGAUGAAAAUCGGAGAUUACAGCGUAAACUGGCAAGAAAAGCUGUAGCUCGCCUGAGAAGCACAGGAAGAAAGAAGAAGCGCUGCAGGUUGCCUGGUGUCGACUCUGUCUUGAAAAGCCUCCCUGUUGAAGAAAAAGAUGAAAAUGAUGAGAACUCAAUAAGCACUUCCUCUGAUGACAGCAGUGAAGAAAAGGAUGAAGCAAUAAGUGAAGAAAGUGAUAUUGAAGAAAAGACUGAAGUGAAGGAAGAACUGGAGCUGCACACAAAAAGGGAGAUGGAAGAGAGAAUAAUAACUAUAGAAAUUCCUGAAGUUCUGAAGAAGAAGCUUGAAGACGAUUGUUACUAUAUCAACAGGAGGAAACGGUUAGUGAAACUUCCGUGCCAGACCAACAUCAUAACUAUUUUGGAAUCCUACGUGAAGCAUUUUGCUAUCAAUGCAGCCUUUUCAGCCAAUGAGAGGCCUCGUCAUCAUCAUGCUAUGUCACACACCACCAUGAAUGUGCAUUAUAUCCCAGCAGAAAAGAACGUUGACCUUUGUAAGGAAAUGGUGGAUGGAUUAAGGAUAACCUUUGAUUAUACUCUCCCACUGGUUUUGCUCUAUCCAUAUGAACAAGUUCAGUAUAAAAAGGUGACUUCGUCCAAAUUUUUUCUUCCGAUUAAGGAAAGUGCCACAAGCACUAAUAGGAACCAGGAGGAGCUCUCACCAAGCCCACCUUUGUUGAAUCCAUCCACCCCGCAGUCCACGGAGAGUCAGCCAACCUCAGGUGAACCGGCCACCCCCAAAAGGCGCAAAGCUGAGCCAGAAGCCUUGCAGUCUCUGAGGCGGUCCACGCGCCACUCUGCCAACUGCGACAGGCUGUCUGAGAGCAGCGCCUCGCCUCAGCCCAAGCGCCGGCAGCAGGACACAUCUGCCAGCAUGCCCAAGCUGUUCCUGCACCUGGAAAAGAAGACACCUGUGCAUAGCAGAUCAUCCUCACCUGUUCCUCUGACCCCUAGCAAGGAAGGGAGUGCGGUGUUUGCCAGCUUUGAAGGCAGAAGAACUAAUGAAAUAAAUGAGGUCCUCUCCUGGAAACUUGUACCCGACAGUUACCCACCAGGCGACCAGCCGCCUCCACCCUCUUACAUUUACGGGGCACAACACUUGCUUCGAUUGUUUGUAAAACUUCCAGAAAUCCUUGGAAAGAUGUCCUUUUCUGAGAAGAAUCUGAAGGCUUUACUGAAGCACUUUGAUCUCUUUCUGAGGUUUUUAGCAGAAUACCAUGACGACUUCUUCCCAGAGUCUGCCUAUGUCGCUGCCUGUGAGGCACAUUACAGCACUAAGAACCCCAGGGCGAUUUAUUAAAGUUUUGGUGGUUCUGGAAGAAUAACUUCUCUGUCUAGCUUUGCGCUCUGGGUUCCCAGUGGAGAACUGGGGAGAUGGUGGGCCUUCUUUACAGAGAGAGCAGAUGUGAUGCCCACCCCAGGGCCUCUGGCAGAGGCGGGCCCGUUUAUCUGAGUUGCUUACAUACUGUAGUUAUUUUUGUUAAGGAGUACUUCCUUGGUGCCUGAAUGGCCUCCAACGUCUGAGCCUAGCCACUGUACACGUCAUGUGUGACAGCGGGAAGAGAGCAGCUGUGGCCCCAGUGAAGCGAUCAUGGCUGUGUACAGAGGCGAGGCUGUUUCAGUAGACAUUGGAGUUGGUAGCAAUACCCACAUUUCUUAGUUAUUUGUUAGCACUAAGCAAAGUUGUUUUGCAAACUGUUUUCGUUCUUAUGAUGAGACUGAGCAACUCUGUCCAACAAAUCUUAGUUUUGCUUGGAAACUGCAAAGUAGUCCCAAAAUAUUUUAGAGGGAAUUGAUAUUGAUGGCAAAAGAAAAUUUGCAGCUAUACAUUUGCUUGUUACAGUUCCUUUUCUGUAAAACCUUAUUUUUGGUGAUCUAAAAAAAGUGUUGCCUGACUUGUUUGAGAUUUUACUGCUAUACUUUGUUGUGUAAUGUUAUGGUUCACAUUCUGUAAAACGUUAUUUUUGGUGAUCUAAAUAAAGCAGAGCCCGUCUUGUUGGAAAGAACCAGGA